AUGUGGAAAGAACAAUGGAUUACAUUUUUAAAGAAAAGAAAAAUUGAUAUUAUUAUUACCUUUAUUGUUUUUGUACUUUCUAAAUUAUUUAGUCUUUUACCUCCCUUUAAAAUGGAAGCACCAAAUAAUCAUCCUUCUUAUCAUUAUUCAAAACAAGAAAACACUUUCACUAGAAAUAUUACAAUUACAAUAGAUUUCUUUAUUCCUUUAAUUUGUAUUAUUCUUUUAUGUUUAAAGAACCACUACAUAUCCGGUUUAUUUAAUUCAAUACUAUCUUUCAUUUUCAAUGACUCAUUAAAUGGAACAAUCACUCAAUUAUAUAAAAUAUUUGCUGGAAGACCUCGCCCUUUUUAUUUUAAUGGUUGUAACCCUUCAUUAUAUACUUGUACUAAAUCAUUUCCUUCUGGUCAUUCUUCAUUUUCUAUGGCUGGAUUAUUAUUUUUAUCUUUAUUCAUUUAUUUUUAUUUCAAAAAAUCAAAUAUUCAUUUAAAAUCAUUACCUUCUGUGUUCUUGUGUGGAAUUCCAUCACUUCUUGCUAUUAUUAUUGCAGUCACAAGAACAAGAGAUCAUUAUCAUCAUUUCUCUGAUAUUCUUGGUGGAUUAAUUCUUGGUAGUUUUGUUGCAAUUAUCUCUUUCUUUUCUACAUAUCAACGUUUCUACACAGAAGAAGAAGAUGAAACUAUUGAUUAUGAAAUAGUAAAUAAUAAAACAGUUCUUUUAGAAGAAGAAUAA